AUGGAUAAUUAAUUAGGCAUAGGAGCAUUUAAGUUUCAAUCAUUAGUUAGUAAAGAGAUGAGAUCAUCAAAAGACUUUAUCAACAACAGAUCUCAAAUCAGAAUCGAACAUAGGCUGUCUCUUAUUGAAAAAAGUAAAUAACAAUUAAAACCUCCCAGGAAAACCAAAAAUAAUUAAGCAUCUAGAAGUUCUAAUAGAUAAAAUGCUUAAAUAUUAGGUGAGAAACAAGCCUAAUAAUUCGAAUUCAAUAUCUCCUCGUCUAGUAGUUCUACAAACUCUGAAGGUAUUGGUGAAAAAGAAGAGUAAACUCGUGCAUUACAUUCGAUCAAAAAAUUAGGAAUGGUAUUAAAAUACUCUAUUAAUUAGAAUAUCUAUACUCCUUAACCUUCUCCCUAAAAAUAAGUUCCUACAUAAAGAAGUUAAACAAGAACUUAAAAAAAAGAAAUUCAGUUUUUACGUAGUUUAUGUCAAAAUUCAGAAUUAACAAAUAAUAGCCUAGUUAAAUUGGAUGAAUAUAAAAUAGACAAAGAAAUAUAUGUAGAUAUAGAUUGCAAAGAUAUAACUACAUUUCUUAGAUUAUAACAUGAAGUGGAGGAGAUGAGAAGAAAAUAAACGGAUUUUCACUUAUAAAAAUAAAGACAUUUUGAAGUUUUGGGAAGGAAAGAUCCUAAAAAAGCGAAUAAUUUAUAACAUGAAGAUUUUUGGACUAUUCUGAUGGCAAAAAGAACUGCUAAAAAACUUAUAAAAAAUAUGAAUUGGAAACGAAAAAACCCAGAAGAAGAAAAAAAGGUCGUAAGCAAAAGUAUACAUGCUUUAUGA